AUGGGGUCCUUUGAGGAAAUACCACAACGCUCCGUCUCUCAUGACGAACCUCGUCCCCGAGCUCGUUCUCUUCAAUUACCGGAAGCUGAGGCAUCCUCCAGCCCUGCGCUUACACCCGCUACUGAUUCACCAUCCUCGACGGUUUAUCCACCCCCUUCCCCUCGUAGCAGUAAUAGCUUCGACUCCAAGUUUCAGAGCCAACAUCGCACUGCUCGUUCCAUGGGCCCCAGUAUCCUGGACAAGGUCAUCAGCAAGACCCGUCCUAACUUUCUGCCUCCGAAGCCCCGUGUAGAAGAUAGAAAGCAUAUGGCUGACUGGGAGGCAAUGAUGAAGCAGAGUAGAGAAGCCGAGGAGAAAAGACGGAAGGCAUUGCAGGAAAGGCGAUUUGCACGCGAGAGGAGGAUCGAGAAGUCAAUUGAGCAGUGGCAGCGUGAAAUACUGCCCGACUGGACCAUCGUGAACCGCGAUCCUGCUCUAAGAAAACUCUGGUGGCAAGGCAUUCCUACGAAGCUUAGAGCCUCGAUGUGGCAGAACGCCGUUGGCAACGCACUUGUACUCGGCAAAGAUGCGUACAGGACGUGCCUGUCACGAGCCAAAAGGGCCCUGUCGCAUGCCACGUUCCCGACGACUGUCUUGGGCCUGAUAGAGGAAGACAUCGAGACCACGUUACCCAACCUGCACCUGUUCCGUCCGGAGACCGGCCCGCUCUACCAGGAUCUAAAGGAUAUGUUAUGCGCUUGGGUGGUGGCGCGCUCCGACGAGGCUCUCGGAUACGUGCCAGGGGUCGCGAAGGUUGCCGCUAUGCUGCUUCUCAACAUGGACCCUCCGCAGGGCUUCAUUGUCAUGCGAAAUCUGUUGGAGCGGCAUUGUCUGCGGUCGUUCUAUGGCGGGAUGUCAUCGAAGGACGAUGUGAUGUCUCACCGCUAUUUCAGAAUAUUUGACACGCUAUUAGCAGACGGCAUGCCGAAGAUCUACUUUAAUUUCAAGCAACAUCAAAUCUCCCCUGCAGCUUACCUGCCCGACUGGCUAAUCCCGCUCUUCCUUGAUCACCUUCCGUUUGAAGCGUGUGCGAGGCUGUGGGAUGUCAUCCUGCUGGAAGGUGACUCCUUCCUGUAUCGUGCAGCGCUUGCAAUUCUAGCGGUACUAGAGCCACGCCUCUUCUUCCCUGACCGGCAAGAACUGCUGGAGCUGCUAAGAGGGGAGAAUAAGGCAGCAAUUCAGGUGGCGGAGCGGAACGGAAGGCCGUUGAAUGGCGCCAAGUAUGAAAUCUAUGAUGUCGAUGAAGAAGCGUUGUGGGAGCGCAUCGAUAGCAUGGAUGAGUGGUGGCGCGAGAGCACAUGGACGAGACUCAUACAGCGAGAAUUACCUUCUGAUUCCCUACAGAUUCAACCGAAGAAGCGAUUGUUAUAA